AUGGCUCCCAAACUCACUUUUGGGGAUGUGGCUGUGAACUUCACUGAGGAAGAAUGGAGAGAACUGGACCCUGCUCAGAGAGACUUGUACAGGGAUGUAAUGCUUGAGAACUAUAGGAACCUGGUCUCCUUGGGAUUUCCAUUUUCUAAACCUGAUAUCAUCUCCCAAUUGGAACAAGCAGGAAACCCAUGGAUGCAGGAGAGAGAAGUACUAAGAAGCAGCUGCACAUCUCAUAGUGGAGAAAACAAUUUGAAAUAUAAUCAGUAUGGGAAGACCUUUGGUCAUGGUAUACACCGCACUGAACGUCAGAAAACUAAUAUUGGAGAGAAGUCUUGUGAAGAUAGGAAAGGCUAUACCUGGAACUCACCCCUUACCAAACAUCAGAGUGUUCAUGGUGGGAAGGAAUAUAAUGUGCAUGAAAGAGCCUUAAUUCAGAAUGCACCAUUUAUUCAACAUCAGAGAACCCAACAUGGAGAGAAACCUUAUGAAUGUAGUGAAUGUAGAAAAACUUUUGGUAAUUAUUCAGCCCUUACAGUACAUCAGAGAAUUCAUACUGGAGAGAAACCAUAUGAAUGCAAGGAAUGUGGAAAAGCCUUUAAUCAUAACGUCUCUCUUAUCCAACACCAGAGAAUCCAUACUGGAGAGAAGCCCCAUGAAUGUAAUGAAUGUGGGAAGGCUUUCAUUCAGAUAACGCACUUUAUUCAACAUCAGCGAAUUCAUACUGGCGAGAAACCUUAUGAAUGUAAUGAAUGUGGUAAAGCCUUCAGUCACAAUUCAUCCCGUGUUGAACAUCAGUUUAUUCAUACUGGAGAGAAGCCCUAUGAAUGCAGGGAAUGUGGGAAAGCUUUUAGUCACAACUCUUCCCUCAUUGUCCAUCAGUUUAUUCACACUGGAGAGAAACCUUAUGAAUGCAGUGAGUGCGGCAAGGUCUUUAGUCAAAGCUCACACCUCUAUCAACAUCAGAGAACUCACACUGGAGAGAAACCUUACACCUGUAAUGACUGUGGGAAAGCCUUCAGUGAUCGAUCAGCACUUAUUCGACAUCAGAGAACUCAUACUGGAGAAAAACCCUACAAGUGUAGAGAAUGUGGUAAAGCCUUCAGCCAGAGCUCAACCCUCACAAAACACACAAAAACCCACACUGGAGAGAAACCUUACACCUGUAAAGAUUGUGGGAAAGCCUUCAGCCAGAGUUCAUCACUGACGCAACAUCAGAAGAUUCAUACUGGAGAGAAACCAUUUGAUUGUCACGAGUGUGGGAAAGCCUUCAGUAGAAGUGCCCAUCUUACUCAACAUCAGAGGAUUCACACUGGAGAGAAACCCUGUGAGUGUAAUGAAUGUGGCAGAGCCUUCAGGUGUAGUUCAGCCCUCAUUAGGCAUCAGAGACUUCACAGUGGAGAAUCAUUCUGAAUGUGUGGUCAUUCAGACUCCUCACUUUGUUAAAUACCAAAGAAUCCUACUUUCAUGGGUUAUUAUAAUUGUGAUCCCUCCCUUUUUUAAAAAAAUGCUCUCCUUCCAUUUUCUCCUGCAAAGAAUUAGCUGCCAGAAUACCACAAAUCCAUGUGAAGAAAUACUGAUCUGAAAGCUGGAAUAGCCCAAGAAACCAACCAUCAAUCUGUGUGUGUGUAUUUUCAUCUGUACCUGAAAAUGACUGACGUCACCAUGAAGUGAUUUUUUUUUUCCUGGCCCCAGGAGUAGGCUCUUCCGAGACACAAAGGAAUUCCAGUUGUUCAAACUUGAGCUCAUUGCCCCUCCUUGUACUGAUUGGAAUACUGCCAUGUCCAAGUGAAAUAGACUCAUGGUUGAUCGUAUAUUCAAAUACCACCUUUCUAUAAAUCUUUGCCUUAAUAUACAAUCAUUCCUACCC